AUGCACAGCAACACCUGCCGCUCGGACACCGGCACUAGGCGAGGGAGACACGGGGGCCUCAUCCUCCUCUGUGGCGGCGGCGGUACCCCGGAGAGCAGGAGGCCGGGAACAAAGGCUCCGCGCCAGCCCCUUCGGCUCCACCUGCCUCCCGCGGCGAUGGCUUCCCUCAGCCUUGGGGGGCUGAACGUCUCGGCCCGUAGGAAGAGCGUCCAGUCCCGCAACGCGGCGGUGGAGAGGAGGAACCUGAUCACCGUCUGCAGGUUCUCUGUGAAGACUCUGAUUGAUCGUUCCUGUUUUGAGACUAUUGAUGAUUCUUCCCCUGAAUUUAAUAAUUUUGCAGCCAUUUUGGAACAGAUUUUAAGUCAUCGUCUGAAAGGUCAGAUCACCUGGUUUGGCUAUGAAAGCCCUCGUAGCUUCUGGGACUAUAUCCGAGUAGCUUGCCGUAAGGUUUCACACAAUUGCAUCUGCAGCAUUGAGAAUAUGGAGAAUGUCAGUUCUUCUAGAGCAAAGGGCAGAGCGUGGAUCAGAGUGGCACUUAUGGAAAAACAUUUGUCAGAAUAUAUUUCUGCAGCUCUAAGAGACUUCAAAACAACCAGGAGAUUUUAUGAAGAUGGAGCAAUUGUCCUGGGAGAGGAAGCAAAUAUGCUUGCUGGCAUGCUGUUGGGACUCAAUGCUAUUGACUUCAGUUUCUGCCUGAAGGGAGAGGGAUUGGAUGGCAACUUUCCAGCUGUAAUAGAUUAUACACCCUAUCUGAAGUUCACCCAAAGUUCUGAUAGCAUCAGCAGUGAUGAAGAAGAGCUAAGGACUCUGGGAAGUAGCGGCAGUGAAAGCAGUACUCCGGAAAAUAUUGGACCUCCUUUCAUCAUGGAUGAAAACAGUUGGUACAACAAAUGCAAAAGGGUAGAACAGAAGUAUCGACUCACCUUGGAGCAGAAGGGUUAUCUUGAAGAGCUAGUACGCCUUAGAGAAACCCAGCUGGCUGAAUCUGUCUCACAAAACAAACUACUGCUACAGAGGAUUGAAGAUAUGGAUCUAGCCCAUAAAAUGGAGAAGGAACAGCUGGAGUACAUAAUUGUAGAGCUGCAGGACCAGCUAACUGUGCUAAAGAAUAAUGAUCUGAGAUCAAGACAAGAGUUAACUAUCCACCUCACCAAUCAAUGGCCUUCCCUGGGAGCUCUGGAUGUCAAUGCUGUUGCCUUGGAUACUCUACUCUAUAGAAAGCACAGUCAACAAUGGGAUGAGAAAAGUUUUCAAAGUCUGGACCAACUCUCAGCAGAAGUUAGUCUUUCUCAGACAUCUCUGGAUCCAGGUAAUUCACAAGAUGGAGAUGGAAAGGAAGAUGGAUUAAAUUUACUAAGUGAAGGGAAGGAAGACACUCCAUCACUCCUUGGUCUCUGUGGUUCUCUGACUUCUGUAGCAAGUUAUAAAUCUCUUACAAGUCUGAAAUCAAGUGAAUACCUUGCAAGUCCUACAGCAGAGAUGACAAGUCCAGGUCUAACUCCAUCUUGA